GCCUCGGAAACAGAAAGGGGCGGAGCAGCAGCUGGCGGAGAGCGGGGGUUGUGCUUCCGCAUUGGAGACCGUUGCUGUUGCUGCUGGUGGCCGGGCGCGGGAGGAUGAGCAAGCGGUGAGCGCAGCAGUGUGCAGACAUGGCUCAGCAGCCUCCUCAGUCCCCGGCACAGGCGCAGCAGAGGAGGAGGGACCGCCGCAUCUUUUCAGGGACCUGUCCGGACCCUAAGUGCAGGGCCCGGCUCUUCUUCCCGGCUCAGGGGUCUGCCAGUAUCGAGUGCACCGACUGCGGCCAGAGACAUGAGCAGAGACAGCUGCUGGAGGUGGAGGAAAUCACCGAGCCGGACGUGGUGCUCCACAACCUGCUGAGGAACGCCCUGCUGGGGGUGGCUGGGACCCCCAGGAGGAACACGGACAUGGUGAAAGUCAUGGGGCUCUCCAACUAUCACUGCAAGCUGCUGUCCCCCAUCCUGGCCCGGUAUGGCAUGGACAAGCAGACUGGCAAGGCCAAGCUGCUGAGGGACAUGAACCAGGGGGACGUGUUUGACUGCUCGCUGCUGGGGGACAGGGCCUUCCUGAUUGAGUCCGAGCACGUAGACACGGUGGGCUAUGGGAAGGACCGCUCGGGUAGCCUGCUGUACCUUCACGACACCUUGGAGGACAUCAAGAAGGCCAACAGCAACCAAGAGUGCUUCAUACCUGUGCACGUUGAUGGGGAUGGGCACUGCUUGGUGCACGCCGUGUCUCGGGCGCUGGUGGGUAGAGAGCUUUUUUGGCACGCUUUACGGGAGAACCUAAAAAAGCAUCUGAAAGAAAACCUGGACAGAUACAAAGCCCUCUUCCAUGACUUCAUCGAUGUGGCGGAGUGGGAAGACAUCAUCAAUGAGUGCGAUCCGUGGUUUGUCCCGCCGGAAGGCGUUCCUCUAGGUCUGCGUAAUAUUCACAUAUUCGGACUUGCCAAUGUUCUUCAUCGGCCCAUUAUAUUGCUGGAUUCCUUAAGCGGCAUGAGAAGUUCGGGGGAUUAUUCGGCUACUUUCCUUCCCGGAUUGAUACCUGUGGAAAACUGUAAAGGUAAAGAUGGACAGCUCAAUAAACCAAUCUGCAUUGCCUGGAGCAGCUCAGGACGCAAUCAUUACAUCCCUUUGGUUGGUAUCAAAGGUGGUCCCUUGCCAAAAUUACCCUUGAAAUUACUUCCCAAAGCAUGGGGGGUGCCACAAGAUUUGAUCCGAAAGUACGUCAAGUUGGAGGAGGACGGUAGUUGCGUUAUUGGAGGAGACCGGAGUCUACAAGACAAGUAUCUUCUACGACUGGUGGCUGCUAUGGAAGAGGUGUUCAUGGACAAGCAUGGCAUCCACCCCAGUUUGGUCGCUGACGUGCACCAGUACUUUUACAGACGGACUGGAGUCAUUGGCAUUCAGCCUGAAGAAGUUACUGCUGCCGCUAAGAAGGCAGUGCUGGAAAAUCGCCUUUACAAAUGCCUUAUAUGUGGGGCUUUGUCAGAACUUCUGGUUCCUCCAGAGUGGUUGGCCCCCGGUGGCAAGCUCUAUAACCUGGCAAAGUCAACACACGGUCAGUUGAAGCCAGAUAAGAAUUACAGCUUUCCCCUCAAUAACAUUGUCUGUUCAUAUGACGCAGUAAGCGAUAUUUUAGUACCUGACUUUACGUUGAGCAAUUUGACCAGUUGUAAUUGGUGUCGGGGGAACAACGUCCGCAGAGUGAGGAGCGAUUCAUCCAUUGUGUAUCUGGAUGGAGACAGAACUAACACUAGGUCUUACGGGGGCAAAUGUGGUUGUGGCUUUAAACAUUACUGGGAUGGUAAGGAAUAUGACAACUUACCUGAAGCCUUCCCUAUAACACUAGAGUGGGGCGGAAGAGUAGUGAGGGAAACGGUCUACUGGUUCCAGUAUGAAAGUGACACCAGUCUGAAUAGUAAUGUCUAUGAUGUUGCCAUGAAACUAGUCACUAAGCACUUCCCAGGGGAGUUUGGCAGUGAAAUUCUUGUACAGAAGGUCGUCAACACAAUAUUACAUCAGACAGCCAAAAAGAAUCCUGAUGACUACACCCCGGUAUCCAUAGAUGGAGCUCACGUCCAACGAGUGGAAGAUAUUAAACCAGAACAGGACUCAGACUCUCAUUUACCAACAAAAAUCAUUCUGACUGGCCAAAAGGCCAAAACGUUGCACAAGGAAGAGUUAAACAUGAGCAAAACCGAAAGGAAGAUUCAGCAAAACAUCACAGAACAAGCGUCCGUAAUGCAGAAACGCAAAUCCGACAAGAUUAAACAGGAAGAGAAAGGGAACGUGAGAUCUUCCUCUCCUGGCACGGUCAGAGAUGGUCCUUCAUCAGGGCCUUCAACACCCACAAAAACGCCUUACUCCCCGACAUCCUCCAAAGAAAAGAAAAUCCGCAUAACCACCAAUGAUGGCCGCCAGGCAAUGCUUACCUUAAAGUUCUCCACGACGUUCUCUGAGCUGCAGGACGGAAUAGCUAAAGAGUUGGAUAUUCCUCCUUACUUACAGAGUAUUCGCUAUGGAUUUCCUCCUAAAGAGCUGCUACCACCCAAGGAUGGUAUGGAGAAUGAACCUGUACCCUUACAACAUGGAGACCGAGUGACGGUAGAAAUUUUAAAGGCCAAAGAAAAACCUGUACAGCACACGUCUGCUCACUCGGCCCAUGCAGUCACAGAGGAGGAUUCUGCUGUGUCUGUGAAGUCGGUUUCCAAGGAGCUUCAAGACCAGAUUGAUAAGGAGAUGUACUCCCUGUGUUUGCUGGCCACCCUCAUGGGAGAAGAUGUUUGGUCCUAUGCUAAAGGCCUGCCUCAUCUGUUCCAGCAGGGUGGUGUCUUCUACAACAUUAUGAAGAAAAACAUGGGUGUGGUUGAUGGAAAACACUGCACAUUUCCGUACCUACCUAACAAGACAUUUGUUUACAAUGCGGCUGAAGACCGGCUAGAACUGUGUGUGGAUGCUGCUGGCCAUUUUCCUAUUGGUCCUGAGGUUGAAGACUUAGUUAAAGAGGCGCUGACUCAAGUGCGUUCAGAAGCAUCUUCCAGAAGCAGAGACUCUAGUCCUUCACAUGGGCUGAUGAAACUAGGCAGUGGUGGAGUGGUGAAGAAGAAGUCUGAGCAACAUCACAAUGUAACAGUCUUUCAAGGCAAAGGACACUCUCUAGGAACAGCUUCCACAAGUCCAGAACAUAACCAGAGAACCAGAGCUGCAACCAAGACAAGCUCAACUGCCAAUAGCACUGCAACCUAUUCUGAAUCCUCAUCAUUUCUGUCUACAUCGAAGGAUAGUGAGCUUAUUAGAGUAGCUCCCGGAGUAGUCACUAUGAGAGAUGGUCGCCAACUUGACCCCAAUUUAAUUGAAGCCCAACGGAAAAAAUUGCAAGAAAUGGUUUCCUCCAUUCAGGCUUCGAUGGAUAAGCACUUACGGGAUCAAAAUGCAGAACCAUUGUCAGGAUCUGAUACUCCGCCAAAGAAGGGAGAAUGGCUUUCAUCAAAGCCCAUGGGCAGCCCUUCAAGGGCGAAUGUAGACACAACUAUGGCACCUGUAGCACCUGCCGGUAAUGUUGAGAGCUCUAUAGCAACAUCAUUAUCCGUUAGACCUAAAGUCCGGUCUGCAGGUUCUACAGAUGUUCCAGAAGAGAUGGACAGUCAGGACACAGAAGAAAUAGCCAACAUAGCUGAGCCUAUGGAUCAUUCAUGAUUAGUGAAAAGUUUCAAUCUCGAGGAACAUACAUAAAAAUAUAUAUAAAUAUGUAAUAAGAUGGCUGGGCCACAGUUUGAAAUAGUCCUUUAAAUAAUUCUUGUACAUUCAGAAGUCUAUUAAAUUCUUUUUCGCUGCAUGAAAAUGUGUGUAAUUUGGGGGAAUAAAAAGCUUUCCAUGGUUAUUUUAGCUUUUGGAUGAUUUAAAUAAUCGGUCACUGAUGGUCUGUGCAUUUUUUUUCAACAAUAUUGCUGCCUUUAAUGCUGAUGGGAAUGUCCACUGCUGACUAUACGCACAGUCUGAAUGUGAUGGUGAGAGACUAGAAAGAAAAGAGGAGACUGCUGUUCUGUUGACUUGCCAUCACUUCACUAGGAGCAUCACUCAGGUAUGAGGAAUGACAUCCAUGCUUUCUGAUGGUGCUUUGAGUUUGUACUGAAAAAAAAAUCAAAAUAAAUGUUGCCUCCAUAUUAAUCUACAGCCAUUUGGACUAGAAUUUGAGCCCUGAGCUUAUCGGUCUGUGCUACAUUGCCUCUGUAACACCAGAUUCUGAAGACUUCCUUUUGUCUUACGUGUUUAGUAAUUAGAGCUUUAUUAUACCUGCGCAUAACUAGAGUUUUAUGUGAUAGAGUAAAAAUAAUCCUAAUCACACCUUAAAAGCUUGAAUCGUAAUCCAGAGUGCCUCCAUUUGCUCAAGAGGGCCUUUAAAAAAAAAAAAAAGUCAAAAGCUAGUGUUGAGCGAACGUGUGGCUUCAAGUUCGGCGUACAAGGUUCAGGUUAUCUAACAAAUUCUGUUAUAAUUUCCGCUACCACGGACCAUAACGGAAUUUUUAGAUAACCCAAACCUUGUACGCCGAACUUGAAACCACACAUUCGCUCAAUACUAUCAAAAGCGUUUAGCGAGGUCAUGGGACAUUACAAUUGUAGUAAAGUUUUGUAAAUGUAUUUUUUUUUGUAUUGUGCCAGGGAGUGUGUGGACAGGUUUCUGGCCCCUUAAUUUGUGGUUGGUGGUUACUGUAGAGAUGGAAUAAAAAUAUAAAUUGUGGGCACAUGGGUCACUUAUUGAAGUGCUGGAUACUUACAUAAUUACAGCGGGUAGGUGGGACCUCACUGCACAUUUUCUUUUAGUCCGGAUGUAGCUCAUAGUUGAUGAAGCAGAUUGGUCAAAACAAAAAUAUACUUCCAAUUCUGAUCCGUGGCUUGAUUAGAUGUGGCGUUCGAGUCGUAGCUUUAAUAAGAGGUUCUAAAAUUCCUACUUGUCAAAAUACAGCAUGGUUGACAAGCUACUUGUUCGCUUUGUUAAAGGGGCUAUCCCACAAAUAUUGUUUAUAGGUAUGUCUAGCCCAUAAUUAUAAGCAUGUUUUGAAUUCACACUUACCGUAUGCUUGUAUCCCUAGAUAUUUCAGGAGUAAUGUUAGCAUAGCGCCAUCUGCUGUUUCAUCAGCCCUUGUGUCCAUCUCAGUAAAUGCACUGAGGUGGACACACAUGCUCAGUCUUUGCACUCUGUCAGGUGUUAGAGGGAUUCCUGCUUCUGAAGCUGCUGCGUCUUCUCUCCUUCUCAGGGCAGAUGUUGAGCAAGGACAAUUACAGUAACAGUGUCUUGGUAUCUGCUCUGAGAAGCAGAGAAGACAUUGCAGCCUCAGAAGUAGCCCGAUAGCCACACUACAGAUCCCUCACACACCGAAAUGUGCAGAGAUCAAAACAGCAGGUGGUGCUAUACUAACAUUAUCCCUAAAGAUCUGGGGAUAUAAGCAUUUUUUUUUUUUUUUUUUGUGUAAACACAGAAAAUGUUAAUAAUUAUGGCCUGGAUUUAACUUUACAUUAUUUUUUGUAUAAUAACUCCUUUGAGUGAGAUCAAAUUCCCCCCCCCC